AUGUCUGCGCCUAUCAUCACCCUCUCCGACUACCUGGAGAGGCAGUCGGGGACCACGUUUAAGAAACUCUACCAGCAGCCGUCAACCGCCUUCGCUAUUUUCCGCCGAAUGCUCCCGAGCCUGGCGAAGACCUUCGUCAUGGCCCUCCUCUAUAUGCCCAAGCCGCUCUCCCUCGCCGACCUAGAUACGUGGGCCAAGCCCGACGCUCGCAAGCAGAAAGACCACGCCCUCGCGAUUCUGCGCGUCCUCCACAUCGUGCUGAUCACAGCGCCGAGCAAGGAAAAGUCACAAGAGGUGUCGCUUACGCCCAACUUCAAAAAGUCACUGCGCCUUGCCCUCGAGGGCGGCGGCACUAGCCACAAUACCUUCGGCGUUCCCUCCUCCCUACCUGUCCCGCCAAACGUCGACAUACCGUUUCUCGACAAGUUUGCCCGCACUAGGUGGGACGCGAUUCUGCACUAUGUCGUUAAUAGUGUCGAGGGUGACGAAUUUGCCCAACGUCCAAGCAAGAGGCUACACUCGGGAGGAUCCAAGCUGCAGGACACAGUCAAGGAGCUGCUGGUGGCCGGUGGGCUGGUUGAGAGACGGGGUGGUAGCAUCUCCAUCAGCAAGACAGGCUUCACGUUCCUGCUGCAAGAAUCCAACGCGCAGGUAUGGACGCUGCUGCUACAGUGGCUCGAGGCGGUCAACGCGGCCGGCGGGGACCACUCGGCCAUGGCGGUCGAUAUGCUGAGCUUCCUGUUCAUGCUGGGCACUCUCGAGCUCGGCCAAGCCUACGAUACGGAGGAGCUGUCGGAGCAGAGGCGCAACAUGCUGCCCAGCCUGGUCGAUUUUGGCCUGGUAUACAUACCCCCUGGUAACACCAGCCAGUAUUUCCCGACGCGCCUGGCGACCACCCUUACCAGCGGGUCGUCAGCGCUGCGUAGCGCCAGCUCAGCCUUGGCCGCAGCGACUGCCGAGGGCCCCAACGCGUCGGGCGGCGGGCAGAGCGAGGCGGCCAAGGGCAGCAUCAUCAUCGAGACGAACUACCGAUUAUACGCAUACACAAGCACGCCGUUGCAGAUCGCAAUAUUGGGCCUCUUCGCAGAGCUGAGAUUCAGGUUCGCCGGCAUGGUAACGGGGCGCCUCGACCGGGAGUCCAUCAAACGGGCCAUCUCAUAUGGCAUCACGGCCGACCAGGUCAUCGAGUACCUGGCGGCGCACGCACACGAACAGAUGCACCGGACAGCAACGCUGCGGAAGAAGCCGGUGCUGCCACCCACGGUGGUGGACCAGAUCAGGCUGUGGCAGCUCGAGACGGAGCGCAUGAAGAUCAUGCGUGGAUUCCUAUUCCGCGACUUUGACAGCCAGGCCGAAUAUGACGACCUGGCCAAGUACGCCGACGAGAUCGGCGUGCUGCUCUGGCGCAGCGACGCACGGCAACUUUUCUUUGCCAGCAAGGUUGACCAGCUCAGCGUAUUCCUCAAGGCCAGGAAGAAGGCCGCGCAGUAG